UCCUUGAAAGUCCAAAUCCGAAACAUUCUCUUGAAUCUCUCAGAAUCCCCUGAAUCUGAAGAAGAAGAAGAAGAAGAAGAAGAAGCAUCGAAUAAUGUCAAGCACUCCAAAUGAGAUCUUCCUCGAAAUUCUUUUGAAAUUACCAGUGAAAUCUACACUUGUAUGUAAGUGUGUUUACAAUUCUUGGUAUGAACUCAUUCCUAACCCUAAUUUUGUUAGAAUGCACUGUAAUCUUACCAUCCAAAUAAACCAACUCUAUUCUCAUGAUAUCUAACUUCGAUUUUGGUAGGUUGGGAAAGGUAAUUUGGUCAUUAAGCUUUGAUUCUCGAAUGAUAUUCAUUUGUGUGGUGUCAAAAUUGGUAAGCCAUUGGGGGUGUUUAGAAAGAGAUGUUCAAUUUAUUGGUUCUUGUAAUGGUUUUGUUUGCAUUUGGAAUCAAUAGAAAAAAUUCUCUUGUCUUUGGAGUCCUGGCUAUACAAGGAAUUACCAGAUAAACCAGUGGAUCGAAAUAGUUUAUGAAUACAAUUCUGGUGAUUGCAAAGUGAUAUGCUUGUAUGUCCAUUCUGAUGGUUCUAUAGUUGAUGUCUAUACGAUGGGACCAGAUUCGUGGACAAAAUGAGAGCGUAUGUGCAGGAAGACUCUGGAAUUUAUCAUUGGUUAGGUGAAAGGAUUGACAGUUUCUCUGUUGGUGUUAGAGUUUCUUUAAGAAUGACCUUGUAUUCCAUUGGAGAGAAGUAGUAGAGGAAGAAGAUCAUUUUUUUGUCGUUCUGUAGCGUGCGUUGGUCCUAUCUACUUUCCAGGUCUUGUUAUUCCUGUAAUCAGACUUGGUAAUUUCGAAGCGAUGAUACUCGAGGAAGUGCAGGUUGAUCGGAGUUUAAUCUUAUAUAACCAGAAGAAGAUUAUGGGGUUGGCUUAAUUUCAUUUAACAAUAGAAUGAAGGACCGAUAAGAGGAAACCAAUGGGAGCAUAAGCAAAAGCCUAAGAAGAAAACUUGAAGAGGAACAGGGGAAGGGCCAGCGAUUGGUAUUGAUUUGGGUACAACAUAUUCGUGUGUAGGAGUUUGGCAACAUGAUAGAGUUGAGAUUAUUGCUAAUGAUCAAGGGAAUAGAACUACACCUUCUUAUGUUGCUUUCACUGAUACUGAGAGGUUGAUUGGUGAUGCUGCUAAAAAUCAAGUUGCUAUGAAUCCUGUCAACACUGUCUUUGAUGCAAAGCGUUUGAUUGGGAGAAGGGUUUCAGAUCCAUCAGUUCAAGCUGAUAUGAAGCUGUGGCCUUACAAGGUUACAGCUGGACCAGGUGAAAAACCUAUGAUUAAUGUGACUUACAAAGGCGAAGAGAAGCAAUUUUUAGCUGAAGAAAUAUCAUCUAUGGUUCUUAUCAAAAUGCGUGAGAUUGCAGAAGCUUAUCUCGGUUCUUCUAUAAAGAAUGCUGUUGUUACUGUCCCUGCAUACUUCAAUGACUCGCAGCGUCAAGCUACAAAGGAUGCUGGUGUUAUUGCUGGUCUUAAUGUGAUGCGAAUUAUCAAUGAGCCAACUGCUGCUGCAAUUGCUUAUGGUCUUGAUAAGAAAACUUCGAGCACCGGGGAGAAGAAUGUUCUAAUUUUUGAUCUUGGUGGUGGUACAUUUGAUGUUUCCUUACUGACCAUUGAAGAGGGUAUUUUCGAAGUGAAAGCUACUGCUGGAGAUACCCAUCUUGGAGGAGAAGAUUUUGAUAACAGGAUGGUGAAUCACUUUGUGCAAGAGUUUAAGAGGAAGAACAAGAAGGAUAUCAGUGGAAAUCCUAGGGCUCUAAGAAGGUUGAGGACAGCAUGUGAGAGAGCAAAGAGGACUCUUUCAGCCACCGCUCAGACCAAUAUUGAGAUUGAUUCCUUAUAUGAAGGUGUUGAUUUUUACACAUCCAUUACUCGUGCUAGAUUUGAAGAGAUGAACAUGGAUCUAUUCAGGAAGUGCAUGGAGCCUGUUGAGAAGUGUUUGAGGGAUGCUAAGAUGGACAAGAGUAGUGUUCAUGAUGUUGUUCUAGUCGGUGGAUCAACCAGGAUUCCUAAAGUGCAACAGCUGUUGCAGGAGUUUUUUAAUGGGAAAGAACUCUGCAAGAGUAUUAAUCCCGAUGAAGCUGUGGCUUAUGGAGCGGCUGUGCAGGCAGCGAUUUUGAGUGGUGAUAGUACUGAGAAGUUGACUACAUUGUUGCUGUUGGACGUUGCUCCUCUCUCCCUUGGACUUGAGACAGCUGGAGGGGUUAUGACUACUUUGAUUCCAAGAAACACCACCAUUCCCACCAAGAAGGAGCAAGUUUUCUCAACCUACGCCGACAACCAACCUGGAGUGCUGAUUCAGGUGUUUGAAGGGGAGAGGGCAAGAACCAGAGAUAACAACUUGCUUGGUAAAUUUGAGCUUUCUGGAAUUCCACCUGCGCCUCGUGGUGUCCCUCAGAUCACUGUUUGCUUCGACAUUGACGCAAAUGGUAUUCUUAAUGUGUCUGCUGAGGAGAAAACUACAGGGAAGAAGAACAAAAUCACAAUUACAAACGAUAAAGGAAGGUUGUCCAAGGAGGAGAUUGAGAAGAUGGUGCAAGAGGCAGAAAUGUACAAGACAGAGGAUGAAGAGCACAAGAAGAAAAUUGAAUCGAAAAAUGGUUUGGAGAAUUAUGCUUACAAUAUGAGGAACACCAUCAAGGACGAGAAGAUUGCUGGGAAGUUGGAUCCAGCUGACAAGAAGAAGAUUGAGGAUGCCAUUGAAGCUGCUAUCCAGUGGCUCGACACCAACCAGCUUGCAGAGGCGGAGGAAUUUGACGAUAAGAUGAAAGAUUUGGAGAGUCUGUGCAACCCAAUCAUUGCUAAGAUGUAUCAAGGUGGUGCUGGACCUGACAUGGGUGGCUUUGGUGGCAUGGAAGAGGAUAGUCCUUCAAUGGGUGGUUCUGGUAACACUGGUGCGGGACCUAAGAUUGAGGAAGUUGAUUAAGCAAACCAAAUUGGAGGAAAAGCUAGUAGGGUUGGAAGUUGAUGGGGAUCUAUUUUGUUUAAAUUUACUUUAGUUUUAGUCUGUUAAAAUGUCAUUUUUCAUAUCUUUAUGCCUCUCUCUGUGAAUCUCUAAAACUACUUAGUAAGUACUUACUGAUAUCUCUGACCUUAUCUUGUGAGCAUUA